CCCAUUGCUAAAAAAAGUGUUAAAAAGUGAAGUGUUUUUAAGCACUAGGAUCCAAACAGGGCCAUAGAAAGUAGUCUCAUCAAAGUGUGGCUGUAUAAGGAAACAGUGCAUUUCUUGUUCCUUACAGACUCGGCAAUGGCAGGCGUGAGAUCUUUGGCCAAAAGAGUUUAAAUUUUGAGCAACAUUUUUUUUGGGAAGUUGAAGUUUCUAUGUAAAUUUGAAAGUAAUUGGUUUCCCCAUUGCCAGAUCCGCCAUGUCUCGCGGAACCCGUGUGUCAGGCGAUGUGAUGGGAAAUAUACCAGAGUGGGCGCUACGGGAUGAGUUCCCUCAGGAGAUCAAUUUUCCAGAUGACUUCAAUCCUGGCAACGGCCGCAUCUUGACUCUCAACAACCGACUGCGCUUAACUUACGAGGAUAUUGGUUGGACUCAAAAUAAGAUAAAUGGAGCCUAUGAUAAACAAGAAAGAGCAACACUUCUGCAAGGACGAAGCAGUUAUGAAGCAUCAAUGGCUAUCACCCAGCGCGAGAUCAGAGACCAUGAAGACUCAAUGCCAUCACUUGCUGGGCAGCCAAAGUGUUUGAUUGCAGAAGUUAUAGCUGUGGGGGGUGAGCCCUUUGUUGCUGGUUUUGUGCGUCAGUUUCUUGACAAAGUUCCAGAUGCUGUUACCCUUCCGAAUGGCUCCCUUUCAUACCUCUGUAACAGGCCUCACUAUUUUCCUGAUGAAAUCUCGGUACCUCAAGGUCUGCCUGCAGUUAGUGUCUUUUGGGGCAAGGAUCCAGUGAGUGCACCGCAAUGUAACCGCUUCCUUCAGAUCAGGUACAGUGCAUUGGCAAGACAUGUCAACAGGAUUCGUUAUUUACGCGAUCACCGGCUUCGACUGGAAGUUGAUGCUCAGGCCACUGUUGCUGGCAACGAUCUCACAUCUAAGAUCCAGUCUUGCAGUACAAUGUUGGCUAAUGUGGUGCAGGUGAUACAUAAACGCGAGCAAUUGUAUGGAAGCCAGAUAUUCCGCAUGCCAGCUGCACUAAGAGACAAGAUACUGGAAGAUCCUUCUAUAGUCAAUCAGCGCCAGCUACCAGACAUCGAUUGUCUCCUUUCUCUCUACCCUCAAGGUAUUCCACAGAAUAGCCCGAUACAUCAUGGCAGAGCAGUCUUUCUGCUAUUUGAAUCUGCAAUGGGCUAUUCGCUGUUUUGGGCGUACAACACUCUCUCCCCCGCUGACUUGUUGAGCUUUGAGAGCUUUACAUCUGUUGUCAAGCUUAUAGUGCAUUAUCCUUUUGCAACACAAGCUAUCGCCAUCCAACAGUUUCAACAUAUCAACAAUGACACCUGUAGUGCUAUGCUGAGGCUUUUUCUAGAGUUGCACUUGCCGCAGCUGACAGAAUGGGGAUGGAACAGCUACCGCCUUGGUGUUCGCAAUAGGAGAUUUGGUCAAUCAAUUGAGACCGCAACAGGCAUUCCAUGUAGGAGGAAGAAACACUCUGUGAAGGAGCUGCGGGCUGGGAUAGAGCAAUUUUUGCACCUGUUCCUUGAGAUUGAGCAAGCCCAGCUUACGGAGGCCCAGCAAGACCUACAGAGCAAGCUCGAGGAUGACAAUCCCCAACAGUGAGUCUUGACUUCAUGGAUGACCACGAGCUCCUUCCCAAGAGAUUUACUGACUUGACUUCAUGGAUGACCAGGAGCUUUGAUGCUGAGGACCUUUCCAAGAGUUGUACUUUGGCGAAAUGUCUUGCCAUCUGUUUCUUCUGCCACGUGGAUGGUGUCUGAUGCUACAUCUGUACUUAUGUUUGGAGAUUUGGUAACCAAAAUUUUGCAUGCACCAUGGUGAUUUUUUACGUUGCAAUUUUGGUUUCCAAAUAUAACCAUUACACUGCUUACUGGAGAGUAUUUGGAAUGGUUCAGCUAUCUUAAAAUUGGGGAGUAUUUGGAAUAUUGAAUGGUUUAGCUAUGUGAAUAUUUGACAGCAGGAAUUCUCUAUGUUACUCGGUUCUUCUAUUCUUGUUCUUUGAAUCCGGCCAUCUGGAAACAUCACAAUUGAAUGAUUCUUAGAUGUCAUAACACGAUGAACCAAUGUUUUUGGUAACAUGCAAUCUUUUUGAUUUAGGGUGU